AUUCACCGAAAUAACCUCGUCUCGGUCCGAGAAGGAGCGGGACCCUGAAAAAAACGCAAAGGCGCAAGUCGCCGAGAAGACAGCAAUAACCCAGCCGAAGUCAGUUGCAGAGAGACAGAGCACAUAGCGAGACUAGAACGAAGUCGAAACAAAGCCAUCGGGCUAGUAUCAAAAGUGCCCAGAUUUCGACCCCUUCUCCGCCUUCUCAACCCCCAUCUCCAUCUCCAUCCCCAUACUCUACCGCUCGAAUUCGGAGCCGCUGUUCAGCAGCGUUUAUCCUGGAGCUUAAUAUCAUUUCUUCUUUGUGGCCUUCUCGCUUUCCCCAUAACGAGCAAGUCGCCCUAAGCCAUGACGACUGACCCGUUUUCGGGCUCUUCUCGGCCUGGAAUCCCAUCUACAUCUGCCGUUGUCGGUGAAGCCCCUAUCGUCCCUUCUGUGGAGGCUCAGCACCUAGCCCGCUUCGAGUUCAGCGAUGCUGGUACAAAGGUUCUGAUGGUGGAGUGGUAUCCCGAUGCCGUUCGGGGCCCCGCUGCAUCUGCCAAUCGUCCUGCCGACACCUCCGGUGAACAAUCCGUUUCGGCUGCCGAUCGCAUCUCCGCAACGGAGCCGGCUCCGGCUUCUGCCCCGGUGGACAGCAUCAACAGAACAUGUUGGCAAGUGUCGUGGCCGGGGAAAUCUACUAACCUCCCUGCUGCUGAUCUUGAGCCAGACUCUGGGGCAGGCACUGCUCCUGCGUCUUCAUCUCGUCAACGUCGUCGCCGUGUAUUCUUCCUGCUCCCCGCUGAUGCCACGGUCCCCUCGACGAUCACUAUCACGCCACCUGGCUCACCCAGUCUGACCCUCAAACCGCUUCCGGCCAUCUUUCCACCAGGCCUUGCCGCUGAUCCAGGCAAUCGGGGAGUCCUGCACACACUAUGGGCUCGCCAACGCCUGGCAGCCAUAGAUCGGGAGGUAGCCGCCGAGCUUCGCAAUAAUGCUGAGGGAGUGGGUGUUGAGAUGGCCCUCGCCGAGAGGCAAUGGAUUCUCGACACCUUCAUCAACACGCCGCAACUUCCCAGUGACUCCAUGCCUCGUCCUGUAGCCACUCGUUCACCUACGGGCCGUUUGGGGGACAAGCUCAAAGGUCUCAAGCUGGCCACAUCACCUGCUGAUCUAACACCGAGCACGACAGCGAACACCUUCAUGAGCCCCAUUAGCCAAUCUCAUCCGUUUCAACCCAGAGGGCGUGAUAUUGCUGUGUCGUCCCAUGAGGCCAUGGCCAGCAACGCAUCUACAGGUCCCAUAUCGCUUAAUGCUGCACUACAUGGCGACGUUACUACAGCUGCCUCAGCCCCUGUCAGACCUCUACGGCGAGAUGACGACGACGAUCUGUUUGCUCUGCCCAUGAGUCCACGCAGCCCGGAUAUGAAGAAGAGUCCUUUCAGCGCGCUAUGAUGGUGAGAUGCGAGCUUUUUUUUUUUUUUUUUUAA